AUGAUCUCUGCGAUUUACAUUUUCACUCUGAAGGGGGAGUUGCUGCUCCAGCGGGCGUAUGCGUCGCCGGUUCCGCCUCCUCACCAUCUGCGGGCGUUUAGCCGCACCGUCCUUGCGGGGCGGGCCUUCUCUGAGCUCGCCCCCGUCGUGUGUGUAGGCCACCACGCGUCCUCUCGCGGCGCGUCCCCGUGCGCCGUCUCGUCUUUCUCCUGCUUCGUCCCCCCCUUCGUCAACAACACCACGCCGAACGUCUUUGUCUCCGCCUCGCCGGCCUCGGACGCUUCCGCUCCUCUCCAGUCUACCGGAGUGGUUCCAACUGCGGCGAUUGUUCGAGGCCGCCGCGAGCGCCGAUGGGGGACCGGAGGCUCGGACGACGACGGCAUUGUCUACGUCGCGGCUCUUCGACAAAACGCGAAUGUUGCCUGCGUUCUCGAGGUUCUCCGCCGCCUCGCCGCACUCGUUCAAGCCUUCUACGUCGCCUCAGUGAACUCGGCGUCCACGGGUCCGAUCCUCCCUGCGUCCUACCAGCAGAAUCCCGAUCUUCCCGCCUUCUCCCCGGCGUACGGCGCCGAGCCAGGCCCUCUCGAGGGCGGCCUGUGGGGCGCCGGCGAAGACCCCGCUGGCCACGGAGCGUCUCCGGCCGACGCCGGCGCGGUCGGCUUUAGAGACAGUCUCUUCUCGAAGAAGGCGGGGAGCUCGUUCAUGGGGGCGGUGCGUCGCGGGCUGUCGAGCGCCAUGGGCAGCGCUUCGCUGUAUGUCGACGCGAGUUUCGUGCGGAAACACUACGUGCUCCUGUACGAGAUCCUCGACGAAGCGAUCGACGGCGGCUUUCCCCAGCUUCUCGAUCUCGCAACCCUGCGCAAAUUCACCACCUUCGGGAACGGGCCAGGCUUCCACUGGCCGCCGGACCACGACGGCUUUGCAGGGCUGGUCUCUGCGAGUUUGCGGCGCGGAGACGGAGGCGCGGGGACAGGCCUGGCGCGGGCCUUCAGCAGAGGCGGUCAGCGCGACGGCGCCGGCGACAUCGCCGCCUCGAAGCGCAUCACCUCGCAAGUGACGGGCGCGUGCUCGUGGAGGUCUCCAGGGAUUCGGUACAAACGCAACGAGGUGUUCAUCGACGUCAUCGAGUGCGUCAACGUCCUCCUGUCGCAAAACGGCGUCGUGCUGAGAUCUGAUGUGAACGGAGAAGUCGUCGUCAAUUGUCAGUUGACCGGCAUGCCAGAGUGCAAGUUCGGGCUGAACGACCGGCUGCCUCUCGACAUCCAAGGCGACACCCUCGUAGGCGGCGCCGGACCCAGACAGAAAGCUGGGGAGAAGAAAGACGAGGCCCGCGCCGGCGCUUGGACAAGCUCUGGAGCCCCAGGCGUCACUCUCGAUGACUGCAGAUUUCACCAGUGCGUCCGACUCUCGAAAUUCGACCUGGAGAGAACGAUCUCGUUCAUUCCUCCCGAUGGAACCUUCCGGCUAAUGACGUACCGGAUUUCCGAGGGUGUCUCCCUUCCCUUUAAAAUUUUUCCACUCCUUCAGGAGCGCUCCGAUACCCGCAUGGAGUGCGUCAUUCUCCUCAAGGCUCUGUUUGACCGGAAUAUUUCCGCCAGCAAUGUCGAGGUUAUCAUCCCCUGUCCACCGAACCUCUGUGAUCUUCAACUCCUCCAUGUCGGGAUCGGCAAGGCGGCAGUGGAUAAUGCCCAGCAGGCAGUUGUGUGGAAAAUCAAAAAGUUAGUCUUGUUCAAAUGA